AUGGGCAACGCCGCUGCCGAGUCGGAGCGCGAGACGGAGUAUCUCAUUCCGGACGGGAGGCCGCCAGGGGAGAAGAAGGAGGUGCUGGUGAUUGAGUUUCUGGAUGGGGAGCUCAAGGCUGCUGGAAAAGGCGGCGGCGGUGGCAGGGUCAGGGACCGAGAAGACCGGAUAAAGAUGCCCGUGUUUGGGCAGGCGCAGAUGAAGCGGUUGAUCGAGCGGCGCAACGCCAAGUUUGUGCAGGCCGCGAACGAGUUCGUGGAGGCCUGUCUCGCAGAGGGACUGGACCCGGAAAUGGUGUUGAAAGAUGUCAGGGAGAGAUACAUCCCGAGGAUGACGGAGGCUGCCGAGCAGGUCCAGGAAAGGCUUCCCAGCACGCCGCCCCCGAGCAUACCCCGCGAGAGGAAGAGCAUACCCGAGAUCGUGCAGGAGCUCAAGGACAGCCCCUGGUACACCGGGCAGAUCGUGCCGGACGGGCACAGGGUGUUUGAGGCGCAGGAGGCGGUCUACGGGGAGCUUAAUUUCCUGCUGAGCCAGGAUCUGGUCAACGCCCUGUACAACGCCAAGGGCAUCACCCAGUUCUAUGCCCACCAGGCAGAGGCGAUCAACGCGCUGCAUGACGGCCACAACGUGGUCGUGGCGACGCCGACGAGCUCGGGCAAGUCGCUGAUCUACCAGCUUCCGGUGCUACAUGCCCUGGAACGAGACCGAGACACGCGCGCCAUGUACAUCUUUCCGACCAAGGCGCUAGCCCAGGAUCAGAGACGGAGCCUGCUGGAGAUGAUGAGUUUCAUGCCCGGGCUGGAGGAGGUGUUGGUCGAGACAUUUGAUGGGGACACGCCCAUGAGCGAGAGGAACACGAUACGCGAUGAGGCGCGGAUCAUCUUCACGAACCCCGACAUGCUGCACAUCACGAUCUUACCGAACGAGGAGAAAUGGCGGACCUUCUUAAAGAAUCUCAAGUAUGUCGUAGUUGACGAGCUGCACUACUACAACGGCCUGAUGGGAUCGCACGUCGCAUUCGUCAUGCGACGGCUUCGCCGGACGUGUGCCGCGCUCGGGAACAGACGCGUCAAGUUCAUCUCAUGCUCGGCAACAGUGGCGAACCCGGAACAGCACUUCAAGACGAUCUUUGGCAUCGAUGACGUGCGGCUCAUCGACUUCGACGGCUCUCCGUCAGGGCGCAAAGAGUUCAUCUGCUGGAACACCCCGUACAAAGACCCUGGCGACCCCGCGAGCGGACGCGGAAACGCGAUGCUCGAGUGCUCUCGCCUGUUUUGUCAGCUGAUCCUGCGCGGCGUCAGGGUUAUUGCCUUCUGCAGGGUCCGCGAGCAGUGCGAAAAACUGGUCGGCGCCGUCAAGCAGGAACUCGCGGCGCUCGGGCGCAGCGAGGUGGUGGCACGGGUCAUGGGCUACCGGGGCGGGUACACGGCCCAAGACCGCCGGCAGAUAGAGAGCGAGAUGUUCGAGGGGAAGCUCCUCGGCAUCGUGGCCACCACCGCGCUGGAGCUCGGCGUCGACAUCGGCACCCUGGACUGCGUCAUCACCUGGGGCUUCCCCUAUACCAUCGCCAACCUCCGGCAACAGAGCGGGAGGGCCGGCCGGAGAAACAAGGACUCGCUCUCCAUCCUCGUGGGAGAUGGCUGCGCAACGGACCAGUACUACAUGCAGAACCCCGACGAGCUCUUCACCAAGCCCCAUUGCGAGCUGCAGGUCGACCUAGACAACAUGCUCGUCAAGGAAGGUCACGUCCAGUGCGCCGCAUACGAGAUGCCCAUCAAGCCGGCCGAGGAUGCCGUAUAUUUCGGCAGCGACCUCCCGCGGCUCUGCGCCGAGCGGCUCAUCCAAGACGAGGCCGGCUUCUACCACUGCCACCCGCGCUUCCGGCCUCUCCCCUCCAGGUUCGUCUCCAUCCGCGACACGGAGGAGGACCACUUCGCCAUCGUCGACAUCACCAACAACCGCAACGUGGUGCUGGAGGAGCUCGAAGCCUCGCGCGCGACCUUCACCAUCUACGACGGCGCCAUCUUCCUGCACCAAGGCGACACGUACCUCGUCCGCGACUUCAACCCGGACAAGCAGCUGGCGCGCGUGGAGCGCGUCAAGGUCGACUGGCUGACCUCGCAGCGCGACUAUACCGAUGUGGACCCGGUCGAGACGGAGGCGGUCAAGCGCAUCACCAACUCGCGCUGGCGCGCCUACUACGGCACCAUCCGCAUCAAGCAGGUCGUCUUUGGCUACUUCAAGGUCGACGCGCGCCGCAACCGCAUCCUGGACGCGGUGCAGGUCGACAACCCGCCCGUGAUCCGCCACAGCAAGGGCAUGUGGCUCGACGUCCCCAAGCGCGCUCUCGACAUCCUGGUGGCCCGGCGGCUCAACGUGGCCGGGGCGAUCCACGCGGCCCAGCACGCCGUCAUGAGCCUCGUCCCGACCUUUGUCAUCAGCAUGCCGGGCGACGUGGGCACCGAGUGCAAGAGCGGGCUCAAGGAGUUUGCCAAGCGCGAGACGCAGCGCAAGCGGCCGGCCCGGCUCACCUUCUACGACGCCAAGGGGGGCGCGGGGGGCUCGGGCAUCAACACCAAGGCGUUCGAGUUCGUCGACCUGCUGCUGCGGCAGGCGCUCGGCCGCGUGACGGCGUGCGCGUGCGCCGCCGGCUGCGUCGAGUGCUGCGCGUCCGAGAUGUGCAGGGAGAUGAACGAGGUCAUGAGCAAGGCCGGGUGCGAGGUGGUCCUCAAGGCGCUGCUGGACGAGGAGAUCGACGUCGACGCGCUGCCGAUGGGGCCCGAGGAGGGCAGACCGGCGGGCAUCGAGACGGUCGUCUUGGCCCCCGCCGUGCCGACGAGGCACGGACAGGGGUUGGAGCCCGACGAUGGAGUGGAUCCGGGCCGGAAGAGUCUGUGUGCGUCAUGA